AUGGAGAAGAAAUUAAGGAAGAAGAAGUUUAGGAAGAAGACUAAGCCAAGGAAGAAGAAGUUUUGGAUGGAGAAGAAGUUAAGGAUAAAGAAGAAAGUAUGGAUGGGGAAGAAGUUUGGGAUGGAGAAGAAGUUUGGAAUGGAGAAGAAUCUACUAAUUAAGGAAGCAGAAGAAGUUAAGGAGGAUGGAGAAGAAGUUAGGGAAGGAGAAAAAGUUAAGAAUGAAGAACAAGUUAGGGAAGGAGAAGAAGUUAAGGAUGGAGAAGAAGUUAGGGAAGGAGAAGAAGAAGUUAAGGAUGGAGAAGUAGUUUGGGAUGGGGAAGAAGUGAAGGAAGGAGAAGAAGUUAAGGAAGAAGAAGAAGAAGAAGAAGUUUUGGAUGGAGAAGAAGUUAAGGGUAAAGAAGAAAGCAUGGAUGGGGAAGAAGUUUGGGAUGGAGAAGAAGUUUGGGAUGGAGGAGAAGUUUGGAAUGGAGGAGAAGAACCGAAGUAUGGAGAAGAAAUUAAGGAAGAAGAAGUUUAG